AUAAAAACAAAAGAUUGGAUGUCAAAUCACCUCAUAAUUUUUUAUUUUAAUUCUUGUUCAUAAUUUAUUACUAGUUUUUCAAACACAUCUCAAGAUAAUUAUUAAACAUUUGUUGUUGUUUGCCAAGUGUAUUACAAUAGUUUUUAUUAUAUAUAAUGGAUGACAAUGGUCUUCAAUGUAUUUGGGAAAUUAGUAACUUUCAUCCUAAUAUUUUAGAUUUGGCUAUAAAAAAUACGCAGGAUUUAAAAACGCUGAAUAUUUUACUGGAUGCAAAAUUGAAAUUUUUUGAUGGUUCAUCUUCUGAUAACAAGAUAAGCAUUGAUAUUAGUCAUAUUUAUAAAGGUACUUCGAUAAAUUCAGAUUUAUUAAAAGAAACUUUAAGUAAAGCUCUUAUAGUUUCUAACGAUCCAACUGCAUUGCUGUUAGAAUUGUUAAGUUAUAUUCAACACAAUGAUAAUACAGACUGUAAAAUAAAUGUUGCCUAUAUAUUAGAUGUUGUUAUCAGAUAUUGUUACACACAAUCAAGCAUUGAAUUUUUAUUUGAGCAUCUAAAAUAUGAAUAUAUUAUAACGUUUUUAUUAGGUGUAACAGAAUGCAAAUCAGUCAGGAAGCAAAUAUAUGAAACUAUUACAUUUUUUUACUCUAUUUUACCAGUAAAUGCAAAAGUAAAUUCUUUAAAUGUUGUUUUUCAUUUUUGUCAAACUAAAGGGAAUUUAGAUACAUUAUGUGCUCUAUUAUAUAAGGUGGACGUUGAUGUUAUUAAGGAAAGUGUGUGUUGUUUUAAUACAGAUGAUUUUUGGCAUUUUCUGGGAAAUUGCUUAAUGCAGUCCAGUCCAGCAUUAAAUAAACAAGGAAUAUAUAUUAUGAAGUACUAUAUUAAUAAUUUUUAUAAUUCAGUACAUAAUACUUAUAUUUCUGUACCAGAAUUAUCUGAAAAUUCAUGGGAUACAUUUUUCUUGUUAAUAGACAUUGGUAAAGAGAAACAGUUACAUCUUGUCGAGCCAGCAUUAGAAUUACUUAAAGAUAUAGAAAUUUAUCAUUUUAUCUGGCAAAAAUGCAUUUAUGAAAUUUAUUUAAACCACUGCCAACCUUCAAUUGUAUACAAUGUACUCAUGCAUGUUUUGCAACAGAACUAUGAAGAUGAAAACCUAAAAUCUGUAUUAAAGUUGAUUUUACCAGCCAUUAAUGUAAAUGAUUACAAUGAAGAAACAUGUAAAGUGUAUCUUUCAUUCCAAACAUUUUCUUCAAAAAAAUGCAAAAAAGAUUUUGAUAUAAUUUUAAAUGAAAUUUUACUAAUUCCAUGGAAUUCAAUGAGUCUGUGGAAAGUUAUUCAAAACAUUUUUGUAACUGAAAAUAAGAAAUGUAUUAAUAUUGACUAUUUCAAAGAUAUUCUUAGCUGUAUUGUUAAACUUUCACACACUUAUGUUAAGACUGAAUGUAUAAAAUAUGUCAUAAAUUACUUUUGGGAUGGUAGAAGUUUUUAUAAAAUGUAUAAGAUAGCCAAAUCUCUUAAAAAUUAUAACAUCAAUUACCACAGUUAUUUUCAAAGUCACGAAAUCUCAGAAGAAAUUGUUGACUUUAUAAUAAAUGAAUUACUAAUUUUAAGUGGCAAUGAUGGUUCUGUUGAUAAAAUAGAAAUAUGUAUUAUGUUGUUACAAAGACUGAACUUUGAUAUAAUUUCAACAACAAUUAUGAAACAUUUACAUAAAUUAAAUCCUCAUAUCAAGUUGUUUGUUUGGAAUAUGUAUUUAAAGUCGCCAACAUAUUCAGAAAGUGGAGACCUUAUUUUACAAACAGAGGAGUUUUUGAUUGAAUAUUUCUUAGAGCAUUUAAGUUCCAACACAACAUCUUAUUUUUUGACUUUAUUAAUUACAGUUACAGAAAAAACUGAAAAUUUUCAUAUGAAAAUUGUGAAUUUAUUAAUACAAAGUUCUUUAAAACCAAAUAUAUUUAAAAAAGAACAAAUAUUCGUUAGUUUAGCUUUUUUAAAUAAAUUUCCAAUUUUAUUGAGAGAACAUGAUAAUUCUAUUAAUAAUGAACAACAAACAAUUGGGGAACAAAUUUUUGAAAUAUGGAGUCGCAAAAUUUUUACGGAAAGAGAUACAUAUAUCUGCAAAGAGUAUAUACAUAUUUUAUUUAAAUUAUAUAAUAAUAAAUUAAAUUUAAGGAAUACAACUGAAAUUACAGAGCUAUUUAAAAGUAUGUUUGACUGUCACAAUAAUGAACUACUUGUAUUCUUAUAUGAAAAAAUAUUGACAAUAAUACAAUUAACUGAAGUACCCGAUGUUCUGUUUGAUUUUUUGAAAUUCUGUUAUUCAAAACUGAAGACUUUGAAAAAAGAUGUCUACUUUAAAAAAAUAUUAAUUCACUAUAUUAAUGCUGCGUAUUGUGAUAAUCUUGUCAGCAAUGUCGGUGGUAUUUUUCUUACAAAUAAUAAAUUGUUGGAAUUCUCCGCUACAUAUCCCGUAAUAAAAUUUCAUUUAAUAUCAUCAAUUAGGAAACUGUUACAUGAGAAAAAUUGCUCAAAUUUCGUGUAUUUGAUGCCAACUAUACUUGAAAUAUAUCUGCAAGGAAUUAUAACUACUAAAGAUGAAAGAACUGAGUAUUUUAUUUGCCAAGAAUUUCUUGAAGAGACUGACUAUAGCAAGGUUGUAGAUACCUAUGAAAAUUCUAAUCCAAAUGUCUUAAAUAUAUCAUCUAGAAUAAUAGCUUUGGAAGCUAUACUUGAAAUAGCGAAAUACGAUGUCUCUACAGUCAUCGAUUCAUUAAGAGGAGAAUAUCUGAAAUUUUUCAAGAAAAGAUAUUUUCCAAAUUCGGAGAUUCAUAUAAGAAAAUUACGAAUUACCCAGGCUUUGUUGACAAUAACUCCUUUUGUCAAGUCGUAUUCCAAGGAAGCAAUUCAAAUUGGCGUUUUUUUGUUGGACUGCUUUAUUGAAGAGUCUAAUCAAAUUUGUGUUAAACAGCUUUUCAACUGGAUCUUAAUCGUUUUAUUGCAGGGGGCGGCAUAUGCAGGUAUUGAAUAUAUAAAAAGAGUGAUGACCAUUUCUCCAAAUGUUUCACCAUCAGUAUUGAUAGGACUUGCACCCACCUUCUACCAUUUGGCCCUAUCAGAUACUGAAGAUUUCAUCAGGUCUUUCACGGCUGUUUUAUCAUUAGCUUUGCCGUGGAGCAUGGGAGCACAAUUUAAACUAAGGCUAUACGGACAGGAUAUACUAAGAAGACUGAUAGAUGAAGCCAAAGAAAAUAACUACACAGAGUUCCUGGAAAAAUAUGACUACUUGGAAAAAUCCAUUAAUACCUGCAUAGAGGCAACAGGACAAUCGUACGAAAAUACCAUGAAAACCGACCUAGUAUUUUUAAACCACUGUAAUCCUAUGAGCGAUAAUUCCUUUAAAAGCAUAUUGUAUGAUAUCCCCAGACUAAACAGCGUGAAUUCGCCUGAAUGGGAAAAUACUUAUCCUUGUAUAUUAGGCCUAAGUCUAUCGGGAUGUCUUAAAACGUUGUGUGAGAAAACGCCGUUAGCAUCGAAAGACCAAGCAUUCUCUGAUGCAAUAGACAACUAUUUAAAAAAACAACCUAAAACUGAGAUAUCGUCUAAGGAAAAAACCGUUCAAAACGUAAAUAUUCAGAAAAAGAUAACGCCUUGGAAAGACACGUCUGAAGAAAAUGACGAGUCCGGUGUAAACUCCAACUUCAUACUUAUCGCAUCUUUGAUAGAAAAACCGCAAAAUUUGGGCGGUUUGUCUAGAACAUGUGAAGCAUUCGGCGUUCGAAACCUGGUGUUUCAUGAUGCCAAAGUAGUCGAAAAUAAGGAAUUUCAAAGUUUAAGUAUGUCAUCCGAAGGUUGGGUUCGCGUGACGGAAGUGAAGAUUAAAGAUUUAAGGGACGGGAUAUUGUCUUAUCAGAAGGAUGGGUACUGUGUCAUAGGGGCAGAACAGACAACGCGUAGCGUGAAGUUGAACGAGUUUCAGUUUCCUGAAAAGACGAUUUUAAUCUUAGGUAAUGAAAAAACUGGAAUACCAGCCAACCUAAUACCGUUGUUAGACGUAUGUCUGGAAAUACCGCAAAUGGGCCAAACACGAUCUCUAAAUGUUCACGUAGCUGGAGCGACUAUUAUUUGGGAAUAUGUCAAACAACAUACGCUGCAAAAAAUGGAAAUAUCAGAGUAAUUCUCUUGAAACUACAAUAAAUUAUUGUAUAUCCUGUCCAGCGAAAAAAUAUGUGAUUACGACAGAUGACAUGCAAAAAAUGACAAAAUCUAACCUACUUUUGAACUAAUUGACAUAUAGCCAACUGUCACUAUCAAAUAUUGUUUCGCUGGAUAUACUGUUAUUACUUUAAUUCUGUUCUUCUGGCCAUGUUUAAAAAAUAUAUAUUUUUUGUAGGUUGGACACUAUAUAAAAUUAUAGGUUUAUAUAAAGUUUUGUACUUAUCUAUUGAUUAU